UGUGCCUGCCACCUCUAACUACCAAACACAAAGGGUAAAACACCCCCAAAUCUGUGGAAUUUCCGGAAGUUUAUCUAUUCAUUCAUUUGGCGAUAAAGCAAACACAACAGACGCAACAUGCCAAAGCUUAAGAACUUGCUGCCCAACAUAUUUGGCGGUAGCAAGGAGGCACAAAGCAUGCAGCCUGAGGGGCGACUGGAAGCAGAUGCAGCGCCUGUCAGUGAUAGCGAGGCAGAUAACAACAAUAGUGGAGCCUUGUCUAUCAGCACCCCGACAGCCUCAGCCGAUCUGACGGAAUCGGUCCUGCGGGAGCUGUCCGACCCAAACUACAACUCAAUGGAUGUUGUGCAGUCCGCGAACAUUCCUGGGGCCGGCGGGGAACUCAGCGCAGUCAACACGAAUAACACCAUGAACGUACACAGCGCACAGCAACAGGUGGUUAUGAACUUCUCAAAUGCAAGCAAUCUACACUUUGGCUCCGUGUACAACUUUAACCAAAAUCUAAGUGCCAGUAGCUCGCGAAAGAGUAGUUUAAGCACAACAGACGAGGUGGCCGUCUCACCAGAUGGUAAACGGUCCAAUGUUACGCGCAAGACAGUCAGCAUUGUGGCCAUGAUGCAGUCUCAGGAUGAGCCGGAUCAGCGGCUGCUGGACGCAGUGGCUACCCAUUUAGGCGAGGGAUGGAAGCAGGUGAUGCGGGACUUGGGACAUUCCGAGGGCCAGAUCGACCAGGCCAUAAUUGAUCAUCAAAUGCACGGCAAUAUCAAAGAGGUGAUUUACCAACUUCUGCUCCAGUGGGUACGUAGCUCUGAGAGCGGCGUAGCCACCGUCGGACGACUCACGACACUGCUUUGGGAGUCACAGCAUCGCGACUGCGUGCAGCGCUUGAAACUGGUCUGGAAGGCAUUGGAGAAACGCAAGAAGAACAGCUAGCUGGAUAGCUCACGCCAAGUCCACUCCCCCCAUCAAACAAAAAUGAUCUAUUCGAUGCACUUUUUCAACGACCAAACAGCUGGGAGAGAGCCAAUAUUCAAAUGCUUUAUUUACUGACAUUUUUAAGAUGUUCAAUAAGGCCUCCUCUCUGCAGCAGUCCACAUGAAACGAGAGAGGGCCCUCUAUUGGCCUCCAACUACUUGUGCAAUAAUUGUUUAAAUAAUCCAAACCUUCGAAUAAGUACAUAGAACUUUGUCCUAAAUCAUUUCUAAACCAGUUUGUCUUUAUCUUUAAGAUGUGAUAUCUUUGUCGUAAAAGGGCCCACAUAACCACAAACAUAUGUACGAGUAUGCACCAUAAAUUGGAUUUAGAAUAUUGCUGCGAUA